CAUCUCAAUAUUCAGUACAGCAUAUAAUUGUUUUCUGUCCUUCAAACAGAAAAUUUUGGAAAUUGAAAACCCAUUUAUUGAUUGAACCGAAAGAAAACUUUCUUGAAUUUCCAGAUAGUGAAAAGCGGUAGUGAACUUGUGUUUCCUGGGGGAGAAAAAUAGCUACUGUUGAGGGUUGAUCUGGCUGUGUGCCUAAGCAGAGGCAUGAAGAAGACCUGUACUACUUCUGUUCUUGGGUUAUGCUAUUUUGUACUGAUUGGUAAUGGAGUUGAGUUUGGGGCUUCCACUCCCACUGCUACAAGUGAUCAUUCUGUUUUGGAAGAACAGCCCUACAGAACUGCCUACCAUUUCCAGCCCCCGAAGAACUGGAUGAAUGAUCCUAAUGGACCGAUGUAUUACAAUGGAAUCUAUCAUCUUUUCUACCAGCACAACCCAUAUGGACCACUGUGGGGUAACAUGACAUGGGCCCAUUCAAUAUCAUAUGAUCUCAUCAACUGGGUUCAUCUUGAUCAUGCUCUUAAUCCAAUAGAUCCUUUUGACAUCAAUGGUUGCUGGUCCGGUUCAACCACAAUCCUUCCGGGGGGGAAACCUGCCAUUCUAUACACCGGAAAGGACACUGAGAAUCACGAGGUCCAAAACUUGGCGGUGCCCAAGAAUCUAUCUGAUCCACUCCUAAUAGAAUGGGUAAAAUCAGCCCAUAAUCCUAUAAUGACUCCAGUUAACGGCAUUGAUCCAUUCUUCUAUAGGGACCCCACAACUGCAUGGCAAGGGCCAAAUAAAAGAUGGCGGGUUAUUGUUGGAAGCCAGACUGAUGGUCAUGGAACAGCAAUUCUAUACACAAGUGAAGAUUUCGUUAACUGGACUAGGAGUGAGAGUCCUCUUCAUUCCUCAAAUAGAACUGGGAUGUGGGAAUGUCCUGAUUUUUACCCGGUUAGUGUAGAGGGGAACGGUAGAGGUAUAGAACCUAAGUACGUGCUCAAGGCAAGCUUCAAUCAUCAGGAUCACUAUGUAAUUGGACACUAUGAUCCUAAAACAGACAUAUAUGUAGUUAAUACCGACUUCAUGGACAGUGCUUUGCAGUUGAGGUAUGAUUAUGGGAAAUUCUAUGCUUCAAAGACGUUUCUUGACAGUGGAAAAAAGAGGCGGGUAUUGUGGGCAUGGAUAGAGGAGACGGAUAGUGAAUCCGAUGACAUUGAGAAGGGAUGGUCCGGACUUCAGUCAUUUCCAAGAACUGUUUCCAUUGGUAAAAGUGGAGAGCAGUUAGCACAGUGGCCAAUCAAAGAAAUUGAGAAACUACGUUUAGAAGAAGUUAACAUUCAUGAUAAAGAGCUCGAGGGUGGCUCUGUGCUCGAAGUUGUGGGCAUUACUGGUUCACAGGCUGACGUGGAGGUCUCAUUUGUGUUGCCAAAAUUUGAAGAGACAGAAAUGAUGGAGCAAAAUUUGGUUGAUCCCCAACUGCUUUGCAGCCAAAACCAAGCAUCUGUGGAAGGCCUUCUCGGGCCAUUUGGGUUGCUGGUUUUGGCUUCUAAGGACUUGACAGAGCAAACUGCGAUCUUCUUUCGGAUAUUCAGAAGUCACAGCAAAUAUGUUGUUCUGAUGUGCAGUGAUCAGAGCAGGUCUUCUUUGAGAGAUGAGGUUGAGAAAACAACCUAUGGAGCUUUUGUUGAUAUAGACCCUUCUAGUGAGACAGUUUCACUCAGAAGCUUGAUAGAUCACUCCAUUGUUGAGAGCUUUGGAGGAGAAGGGGUCACAUGCAUCACUGCUAGAGUUUACCCGAAGUUGGCUACUGACAAAGAAGCUCACCUUUAUGCAUUUAACAAUGGAACUCAGAGUGUGAAAAUCUCAAAGCUUAGUGCUUGGAGCAUGAAGGAAGCUCAAUUCUUCCAAUACAGAAAAGAAGAAGGCCACUUUUCCAAUUAUGAUGGAUAGCAAGGCAAAUUAUUAUUGGAGAAUUAUUUGCUGUGAAAAAGCAGCUGGAAAUGCAAAAUGAUGGAUUGGUCCACAUUGUGUCAAAUACAAAUCAUUCCUACAUUUGAUCAUAGUUCUAGAUCGAAUGAGAAAUUCAAAAGAUGCUGGAGAGCGUGCUUUGGAUUAGGUAUAUGAGCAAACAACCAUUUGAUCUCCAUCAAAAGUCUGCGUUGAAUAGCUUAUGAACUAAUGGAUGUUAACAGGUAGCAUAUUCUCCAUCUAAUCUAUGUUGAAUCCCUUAUGAACUAAUGAAUGUAAACAAUACCGGAUUAAAGACCUCGUUCCGCUGAGGAAAAUAUUACUUAUUUGGAAAAUAAGUACUUAGUUUUUGAAUUAAAGAA